AUGAAUGGAGGCACAUUUCUAAGUUUGACGGGAGAAGAAGCAUAUCGGACCUUGGAUCAGUUGUCCGAUAACUCCCAACAGUGGGAUUUUUCAAGCUAUCGGGAUAGAUCAGCUCGCAUCCAAAAGAAGGGAGGCAUCUAUGAGGUGAAGGAAGAUGUGGAGCUCAAGAUGAAGUUAGAUGCCCUUACUAAGAAGACUUGUCCUUCUUUGCCAACGUUUGUGGAGUCAUCACUGGAACAAGUCAAUGCUUUCAAUGACUUUAGGAAGCAAUCCAAUGGACCAUUCUCUGAGACUUACAAUCCUGGGUGGCGAAACCAUCCUAAUUUUUCGUGGAAGCAGAAUCAACCAAUGAAUCAAGGGGGGUCCCCUCAUCAAGCCCAUAAUCAAUACCCCCCUAGAUUCCAUCAAUCGGUUCAGGGUCGUCAAGUGCCGCCAGCACAAGCAUACCAAGUUCCUACUCAAUCCCCAGCCUCUUCUUCACAUUCCACAUUAGAGGACUCUCUCAAAGCCUUCAUCCAGUUUUCUAACCAAACUAUUAGUGAAGUGAAGAAUGCCACAUUGGUGAACACCCAAUCUAUUAAUGAAGUGAAGAAUGCCACCAUGGUGAACUCUCAAGCAAUUGCCAAGAUGGAAGUUCAACUUAGGCAAAUGGCAAAUCAGUUGGGUGAGAGAGAGAAGGGGAAGCUUCCCAGCCAGCCCGUGCCAAAUCCAAGGUUGCAGUUUCAAGAGGGAGGUUCAUCCAAUGCGGUGCAGGGGCAAGAGCAUGUUCAAGCCAUUGUCUCACUUAGGUCAGGGAGACAAGUGGACAACCAAGUGGGUCUUUCUGAAGAGAACCCUGUUGCUGAACAAGAGCGAAGAAGCGGUGGCACGAAGGAGAAAGAUCUGGAGGUAUUCAAGCAAGUGCAGAUCAACAUCCCAUUUUUGGAUGCCAUCCAGCAGGUGCCGUCUUAUGCCAAGUUCUUGAAGGACUUGAUCACGGUGAAGAGGAAAACUAAUGUCCCGAAGAAGUUAUGUUUGACCGAGCAUGUCAGUUCGAUCCUGCAAUGCAAACUGCCCAUCAAGCACAAGGACCCUGGAUGUCCGACCAUCUCUUGCAUGAUAGGAGUUAGCCGCAUAGAGAAGGCUCUGCUAGAUCUUGGAGCAAGUGUCAACCUCCUGCCUUAUUCGGUUUACCUGCAAUUGGGGUUGGGAGAAUUGCCUUCACAUUGGGGACGGCAAGACAAGUCCAAGUUUCUAGCCAUGGUGAAAUAUUUUUUCUGGGACGAUCCUUACCUUUUUAAGUAUUGUCCUGAUCAGAUCAUUAGGAGAUGUAUCCCUGAGCAUGACCAAGCUAAUCGUUGCCAGAAGCUAGGGAGUAUUUCUAGAAGGAAUAUGAUGCCUUUCAACCCCAUUCUGAUUGUUGAGAUUUUUGAUGUAUGGGGCAUCGAUUUUAUGGGACCGUUCCCAAACUCCUUUGGCCAUCUUUAUAUCCUUGUUGCUGUGGAUUAUGUGUCCAAAUGGGUGGAGGCUAUUGCUUGCAAGACCAAUGACCAUAGAGUAGUGGUUCAGUUUUUGAAAGAUAAUAUCUUUGCUCGUUUUGGUACUCCCCGAGCAAUCAUAAGUGAUGGUGGCAAGCAUUUCUGCAACAGGAUCUUUGAGCAGUUGAUGAAGAAAUAUUUCAUCACCCACAAGGUUGCAACCCCAUAUCACCCUCAAACCAGUGGACAAGUGGAGGUAUCUAAUAGGGAAAUCAAAAGAAUUUUGGAGAAGACGGUAAACCCUUCAUGGAAAGAUUGGUCUCUGCGCUUGAACGAUGCACUAUGGGCAUACCACACAGCCUUCAAGACCCCAAUUGGCAUGUCCCCAUAUCGGCUUGUCUAUGGCAAGGCUUGUCAUCUUCCGGUGGAGCUGGAGCAUCGGGCUUAUUGGGCCAUCAAGCAGUUGAACUUCAAUCUCACAAAGGCUGGUUCACAAAGGAAGCUCCAACUCAAUGAAUUGGAGGAAUUGAGGAAUGAUGCUUACGACUGUGCGAGGUCUUACAAGGAGCGGAUGAAGAGGGCCCAUGACCAAAAUUUUUUGAGGCGAUCUUUUGAGCUUGGUCAGAAAGUCCUUCUCUACAAUUCACGAUUGCAUCUCUUCCCGGGUAAACUCCGAUCUCGAUGGACGGGCCCAUUUAUUGUUUGCUCUGUUUCUUCUUAUAGGGCCAUUGAGAUCGAGGAUCCUACAAAUAGUACGACUUUCAAGGUCAAUGGGCAAAGGCUGAAACCAUUCCUGGAGUUGAAGAGUCCGGAGAUUGAGACGACUCUUUUGGAGGACUCGAGCUAUUCCGAGUAA